AUGCCACCACGGACCAAACACACUGAGCCAGAGCAACGAUUAGAAGUACAGGACCGUUCAAGUUCUCGUCAAAAACGACUUCCAGGUGAUAGACUAGAAGGUUAUACCGUACGUGAAACAACACCAGCAAGUACUUGUUUUAUGUUUGAUGUUAGUACACUCCCUAUUGUUGCUCUUCGGCGAUAUCGGAAUGUAUAUAAAUUACAGGCAUCCGGAGGAGAUCGUCCAGGCGAUAUUGCACUUUUAUCCGGGGGAGAUGCACUGAAAAAUGCCGUACGGAAGCAUUUUAAUGCUUUGCCAGUCAAAGAAUAUGAUAUGAUUGUACAAUUUUUGUAUACAGUAAAGAAUAAAGACAAAGUUUUUCGGAGAUACUUUCAUGAUGAAGUGAUAUAA